AUGUCAGUGUCUAUAUCGCAGCUAUCGUUUGAGCACCACCGUCUUGCACUAGGUGUUGCGGAGUCUGAGCCUCGCAUCUCGUGGAGAUUCGAAGGCCUUGCACCAAACUGGACGCAGACUGGGUAUGACAUUGAGGUCCUCCGAAAUGGCGUACCGCGAGUUUACUCUGCCAACUCGUCUGAUUCUAUUCUUGUGCCAUGGCCGGAUACUCCUCUAGAGACGGCCGAGCAGGCUAGUGUUCGAGCACGAUCCCAUGGACAACCGGAUCAGCCCUCUACUCCAUGGUCGGACUGGAGCUCAGUUGAGAUAGGUCUACUGAACGAGUCAGACUGGGGAAACGCUAUCCCAAUUGCUGCGGACCGCAAGACCGACGUUAAUGCUCCUAAACCUCCAAUAUACUUCCGUAAGUCCUUUUCCGUGGAUCAGGAAGUAAAAUCCGCUCGUCUUUACAUUACUGCGUUGGGCGUCUACGAAGCGGAAAUUAACGGUCAAAGGGUGGGUGAUUAUGUUAUGGCGCCUGGAUGGCAAUCAUACAACAACCGACACGUCUAUGAUACCUACGACGUUACCCAUCUUAUUCAGCAAGGUAGCAAUGGAAUCGGCGCCACUGUUGCCGAGGGGUGGUUCUCUGGACUUGUUGGAUUUGGUGGAAAGUACCGGAAUAACUAUGGAGACACAAUCGGCUUACUUUCCUUGCUCGUUGUCAUCCUGCAAGACGGGACGAAAGUAGAUAUCCCAACCGAUACAUCUUGGCAAGCAAAUACUGGGCCCACUGUCGCAUCUGAAAUCUACAAUGGGGAAACAUAUGACUCACGGCUAGAGCCCAGUAUUGCAGGAUGGUCGUCUGGGUCGUUCAAUCCUGAUGGUUGGUUGACUGUCAAGAGGCUACCUGCGCUGAAAGGAAAGCUAACUCCCCCGGACGGCCCACCCGUGAGGCGGGUCGAGGAAAUCAAGCCCCAAAGGAUCUUCAAGUCCAGUUCGAACAAGACCCUCAUUGACUUUGGACAGAAUUUAGCCGGUAGACUGAGGUUGUCAGUAGCCGGGCCGCGCGGAACCAACAUUACUCUUCAUCACGCAGAGGUCUUGGAGGGCGGAGAGCUUGCUCUUCGCCCACUGCGUCUAGCUAAAGCUACUGACACGCUUAUCUUGAACGGGAAUGGUACACAGAUCUGGGAGCCACGAUUCACCACGCAUGGCUUCCGAUAUGCACAGGUAGAUGGCUGGCCGGAGUCAACGACAACUUUGGACGGGGAUUCUAUUACGGCAGUGGUAGUACACAGCGACAUGGAGCGCACGGGCUGGUUCGAAUGUUCGAAUGAGUCACUCAACCAAUUCCAUAACAAUGUUUUGUGGUCCAUGAGAGGCAACUUUAUCUCUAUCCCAACCGAUUGUCCCCAACGAGACGAGCGUCUAGGAUGGACCGGAGAUGCACACGCAUUUGGUCCCGCCGCUGACUACCUUUACAACACUGCUGGGUUUUGGCGAGGCUGGCAUCGCGAUGUUUGGUCUGAGAUGCAAGCUAACGGCACAAUGCAAGUACCGCCUUAUGUGCCUAUUAUCCCCCCGAACACAGACUCGAAGCAAGGAACUGCCGCAGUUUGGGGUGAUGUCACUGUUGGCGGCCCCUUUAACCACUACCAGUCGUUUGGUGAUCUGGUUGUCUUGCAAGAACAGUACUCACAGGCCCAGGCCUGGAUAGAGACCGGAAUUCCGCGCGAUGACAGUGGCCUCUGGAAUCGAGACACUUUUCAGUUCGGAGAUUGGCUAGACCCAAAAGCACCACCUGACAGCCCUGGUGAUGCAACCACGGCCACCCAUCUUGUCGCCGAUGCUUACUUAGUGCGCAUGACCGAGCUUCUAGUCAAUAUGUCCACUGCACUGGGCUAUGACGACUUAGCUGAGAGGUACAAUCAACAGCAUGCCAGCCUGAUCAAACAGUUCCGUAAUGCGUGGAUAAUAGACGGCGGAAUGGCCAACAGAACACAGACCGCAUACGCUCUAGGUCUGCACUUCGGCAUAUUCACCACGGUAGAAGAGCGAUCCGUCGCCGGUGAGACCUUGCGCAAGAUCAUCGCCGAUAAUGACUACCUCGUUGGUACAGGCUUUGCCGGUACCCCUCCCCUUGGAUUUGCCUUGGCCGAGAUUGGUGCCACAGACGACUUCUAUCGCAUGCUUCUUCAAACGAAGGUCCCAUCGUGGUUGUACCAAGUGGUGCAGAACGCGACGACGACCUGGGAGCGCUGGGAUAGUCUCUUGCCGAAUGGUACUGUUAAUCCUGGGGAGAUGACAAGUUUUAACCAUUAUGCCUUUGGCUCCGUCGCGGACUGGAUCCACCAGGUUAUCGGUGGGCUUGCUCCGGCGGAGCCUGGGUGGAAAAAGAUUAAGAUUGCACCAGUUCCUGGAGGGAACAUCACCAGUGCGGAUUCUUGCUUUGUUAGUCCCUAUGGGAAGGUUAGCGCAAAGUGGCAAGUAGAUGGGGACAAAUUCGACUUGGAAGUUACAGUCCCUCCCAAUACGAGGGCCGAGAUCACAUUGCCAUAUGGAAAGGUGACUAGGGAAGUAGGGUCUGGGCUUUAUAAAUUUUACGAGCUGACGCAGUAG